AUGGUUUUGGGCAUUUUGGGGUUGUUGCUGCUGCUGCCCAUUAUCUGCUGCUCUGCAUGUUUAGAAAAGGAAAGAAUCGCUCUCCUCGAUUUCAAGCAAGGUAUUAACUUCACUUUUUACAGAGAAUUCGAUAGUAGCCCACCACUUGAAUCGUGGAGAGGGUUGAACUGCUGCGCUUGGGAAGGAGUGCGUUGCCACCCACGCACUCGCCAUGUGCUCUCACUGAAUAUGGAUGUCACCUUCGAUCUCACUCCAACUCCUGCAUUCCAACUCCUGCAACAAUUGGACCUCUCUGGCAAUCUCUUCAACUCUCUUUCCAUCCCUCCACAAAUUGGAGAGCUGAAGAGAUUGAAGUAUCUGAGCUUGCGAGGAUGUGAAUUCACUGGCCAAAUUCCAAGAGAAUUGACCAAACUGCAACAAUUGGAGCACUUGGACCUGAGUUUUAAUAAUCUCCAUGGUGUCAUUCCAAGAGAAUUGACUAAACUGCAGCAAUUGGAGCACUUGGAAAAUUUGACUCGCAAGUUUGACUGA